AAUAAAGAAUGAUUCUUUACUGAGAUUGCAAGACUAUUCUGAGCAUUGAAGUCUCUUUCUCUCUCUCUCUCUCUCCUCUAACAUAAAUUUGAAAAAUGAAAGAAAAGUGUUCAGUUCUGCAUAUGCAUAUAUGGCGGAGAGACUCAAAACUGUUGUUCAAAGUUGUAUUCAUUGAUGUGCUUCAGGUGUUAAAUUUCUUGAACCCAUGCUAAAGUGAGGUGAAGAAUUGCUGAAUCAGUUAGUGAGUUUGCUGGCUUUCUUAGAGAUGAAGACCCAAGUAAUCUUUAAAGCAACAUUAAUUUGGCUAACUCUUUGUAUGUGGAUUUCCAUGGAAGUCACUUGUGGAACUGGAAAUGCCAGUGUGUCUCCUUCAACCCCAAGGGUUGUAAAUGUUGGAGCUUUGUUCACAUUGAACUCAGUUAUUGGACAAUCGGCGAAGCCAGCGCUUGUGGCUGCAAUUGAUGAUGUCAAUUCUGAUCCAAGCAUUCUAUCAGGAACAAAAUUAAACCUUAUUUUGCAUGACACCAAUUGCAGUGGAUUUCUUGGAACUGUGGAAGCUUUACAGCUGAUGGAGAAAGAUGUGGUUGCUGCAAUCGGUCCACAGUCCUCUGGAAUAGCACACGUUAUCUCCCAUGUAGUGAAUGAACUUCACGUACCACUCCUGUCAUUUGGGGCAACAGACCCAUCCCUUUCGGCUCUGCAGUACCCCUAUUUCCUCCGUACUACACAGAGUGACUACUUCCAGAUGUAUGCAGUAGCUGAUCUGGUCCAAUUUUAUGGAUGGAAGGAGGUAGUUGCCAUCUUUGUCGAUGAUGAUUAUGGUAGAAAUGGUAUUUCUGUUUUGGGCGAUGCACUUGCUAAGAAGCGUGCCAAAAUCUCUUACAAGGCUGCUUUUACUCCCGGAGCAUCAAGAAAUGACAUCAAUGACUUGUUGCUUGGAGUAAACCUGAUGGAAUCUCGCGUUUAUGUUGUACAUGUAAAUCCUGAUUCUGGUCUUUCAAUUUUCGCAGAAGCCAAAAAGCUGGGGAUGUUGUCCAGUGGCUAUGUUUGGAUUGCUACAGAUUGGUUUCCUUCUCUUUUAGAUUCCUUGGAAUCAAUUGAUGCAGAAACAAGGGAUCUCUUACAAGGGGUUCUUGCUCUUCGACAUCAUACUGCAGAUUCUGAUCUCAAAAAACGUUUUACCACUAGAUGGGAAACCUUAAAAGAUAAGAAAUCCUCGAGUUUCAAUUCUUAUGCAUUCUAUGCUUAUGAUUCCGUAUGGUUACUGGCCCAUGCUCUCAAUGUUUUCUUCAGAGAAGGUGGAAAUGUCUCUUUCUCCUAUGACCCCAAGUUGAAAGACACUAAUGGAAGCGCACUGCAGCUAACAGCACUCCGGAAUUUUGAUCAAGGCCAGAAAUUACUCCAGAUACUAAUUACAAUGAACUUCACAGGCCUUUCUGGUCAGAUUCAAUUUGAUUUGGAGAAGAAUUUAAUCCAUCCAGCCUUUGAUGUUCUAAACUUCGGUGGGAAUGGAUUACGCAGUAUAGGUUAUUGGUCAAAUUACUCUCUUCUAUCUGUUGUUGCUCCGGAAAUUCUAUUCGCGAAACCCCCAAACACUUCUACCAGCAAUCAGCAUCUUUACAGUGUAAUAUGGCCUGGUGAAACUACAGCAAAGCCUAGAGGAUGGGUGUUUCCCAACAAUGGGAAGCCUUUGCGAAUUGCAGUGCCUUACCGGAUUAGUUAUCAAGAAUUUGUAUCUAAAGACAAGGGUCCCAAGGGGGUGAGAGGAUACUGCAUUGAUGUCUUUGAAGCUGCAAUAAGCUUGUUGCCUUACCCCGUGCCUCGUACAUACAUACCAUAUGGAGAUGGUCUGAGAAACCCUAGCUAUAAUAAUAUUGUGAACGAUGUUUCACAAAAUGUGAGUAUGUGCUCUUAUAUAAAUAAUUUAGAUUUGUUGUCUAUCUAGCUCUGGAAAAAGAAAUACAUGGUUUGCGUUGAAUUUUAGUAAUAA